AGGAAAUGUUAUUGGUUAUAAUUGUAUUUAUCGUUAUGAUAUUACAACUGGAUGUUGGGAAAGAUUUCCUGUAGAAUAUUCAAAUCUUGUAUAUAAUGUUGUUCGAAUUUCAAACUAUAAUGAACAAAUGGUAACUAGAAUUAAACCAUUAGAUCAACAAUUUUUUGAUUUAGAACAAUUUUCAAAUCAAAAUAAACUAACAUUACCAUCAAUUUCAAAAGAAGAACAUAUUCCAGAAGAUGUUGUUGAUUACGGUUCACGUUCAGAAUUUAAUGGUUUAGUUCCACCACCAUUUGCACCACGUCGAAGUCGACAAAAUAGUACAUGUAGCGUUCGAUAUGCUUCAUUUGUUCCACCACCAGCAGCAGCACCUGUUCCGCGACGUCGUGUUAUUGAAUCAAUUCUUUUACAUGUUCAACGAAAAGAAGCAAUAACAAUGUUUGAUUUAGGACUAAGAUUUUUACGUGUAUAUGAUGGCAACUUUAAUUAUCGAGAAGGACAUGAAAUCACAUAUGUUGAUUGUUCAGUAGGUGAUAUUGAACCACGAUCAGCAUUGAUACUUAAUUAUAAAGGUCAAUAUACAAAUGUACAUAUUUAA